AUGAAGGUUUGGGGAGCUCACGGCGAGUUUUGUGCAAGACACCAAUGGGAGGUUAUAGUCGCCACAUUAGCCUUAUUGGCCUGCGCUGCUAGCGUCGAAAGAAAUGGCCCAGGGAACAGAUCGGAACGAUGCGCUGGAUGGGCCAGAGCUUGCCCAGGAUUAGAAGCAGAAUACCAAGCAGCUGACGCUGUUAUUAUGACUUUUGUUCGAUGUGCAGCGCUCCUCUACGCUUACUAUCAAAUCUCAAACCUGCACAAAAUAGCUUCAAAGUAUCUUCUCAUCAUUGCCGGGGUGUUUUCAACUUUUGCCAGCUUUAUUUUUACAUCAGCUGUAGCCAGCUUGUUUUUUAACGAGCUGGCUAGCAUAAAAGACGCCCCGUUUUUGUUCUUACUAGUAGCUGAUGUUGCUCGGGGCGCCAGAAUGGCAAAAGCAGGCUGGUCGGCUGGAGAAGACCAAGGCAAAAGAGUCGGCAGAGCCUUAUCGUUACUAGGCCCUACAGCAACAUUAGACACUUUACUAGCUGUCCUGCUAGUCGGAGUAGGAGCUUUAUCUGGAGUUCCAAGACUAGAACAUAUGUGUACAUUCGCUUGUUUAGCCUUAUUAGUAGAUUAUUUAGUAUUCGUGACUUUUUAUCCGGCGUGCUUGUCCCUUGCUGCCGAUUUUGCGUCAGGACGAAAAGAGAUGUCUCCUGACAGUCCAUUCUCGGAAGCCGAUUUAAAACCGAACCCAGUUGUACAAAGAGUAAAAAUGAUAAUGGCCGCGGGUUUACUAUGUGUUCAUUUGACAAGCAGAUGGCCGUGGAGCGUGGAUAACGGGAUUAUUGAGGGUCCCACAGAUACAUUGACUCCUGCGACCCAAGACAAUGUCCUACUUCAUUCAUAUGUGAAAUGGUUUUCCGUUUCAGCUGACUAUAUUGUGAUAGCAACCCUGCUAUGUGCUCUUAUUAUUAAGUUUGUCUUCUUUGAAGAGCACAGGAACUGGGUGAUAGAUAUGAAUGAUAUGUUGGUCAAAGAAAUGGUUCAAGAUCAAGAGAAACGCAAACCAAAAUUCUCAGUUGGAGAUGAUUCCGUUUCGGAAAUUUCUACUCAAACAGAAUGUGGUUUAGAAGAAACCGAAUGGCCUACACUUUCUCCUAGUUCCUCUGCUGCUAAACUAAAUGCAAAGAAACGACCAAUGGCCGAAUGCCUAGAAAUUUAUAGAUCUGAAGGUGCCUGUACAUCUUUGAGUGAUGAAGAAGUUAUAAUGUUAGUGGAACAGUCACACAUACCCCUACAUCGCCUCGAAUCCGUUUUAGGAGAUCCUUUACGUGGAGUAAAACUGCGUAGGAAGGUUAUAGGUGGCAGGUUCCAGACUGAAUUAGCAAUAAAGCAGCUGCCUUACUUAAAUUACGAUUAUUCUAAAGUUUUAAAUGCUUGUUGUGAAAACGUGAUUGGAUACGUUGGCGUACCAGUUGGGUAUGCAGGUCCUUUGGUAGUUGAUGGAAAGGCUUACAUGAUUCCAAUGGCUACAACUGAAGGAGCUUUAGUAGCUUCCACUAAUAGAGGAGCGAAGGCUAUCGGUACUAGAGGUGUGACGAGUGUAGUUGAAGAUGUGGGCAUGACGAGAGCUCCAGCUGUUAAGCUACCAAACGUUGUCCGAGCCCACGAAUGCCGCCAAUGGGUAGAUAAUAAAGAAAACUACGCUUUAAUAAAAGAAGCUUUCGAUUCUACCUCACGAUUCGCUCGUCUCCAAGAGAUUCAUAUUGGAGUAGAUGGUGCCACACUUUAUUUAAGAUUUAGGGCAACAACAGGAGAUGCUAUGGGCAUGAACAUGGUAUCAAAAGGUGCAGAAAAUGCCCUGAAACUCCUCAAAAGUUAUUUCCCCGACAUGGAAGUGAUAAGCUUAUCUGGUAACUAUUGUUCGGACAAAAAAGCAGCUGCGAUUAACUGGAUCAAGGGUAGAGGUAAGAGGGUUGUCUGUGAAACUACCAUCAGCCAUGAAAACUUGAAAACAAUAUUCAAAACUGAUUCGAGAACUCUUGCUAGAUGUAACAAGAUCAAAAAUCUAUCAGGGUCUGCUUUAGCUGGAUCGAUUGGAGGGAACAACGCCCAUGCAGCUAAUAUGGUAACUGCCAUUUUCAUAGCGACCGGGCAGGAUCCUGCUCAAAACGUUACCAGCUCCAACUGUUCCACGAAUAUGGAGAUUUGUGGUGAAAAUGGCGAAGAUCUAUAUGUGACAUGUACUAUGCCUUCCCUUGAAGUGGGUACGGUUGGUGGGGGGACGAUCCUGACAGGCCAAGGAGCUUGCUUAGAGAUUUUAGGAGUCAAAGGAGCCGGAAAUAUACCUGCAGAGAACUCUGCAAGACUUGCUUCGUUGAUUUGCGCAACUGUUCUCGCCGGAGAGUUGAGUUUAAUGGCCGCCUUGGUGAAUUCAGAUCUUGUUAAGUCACACAUGCGACAUAACAGGUCCACUGUAAAUGUUCAAUCAGAUAUGAAUAUAACCCUCAAAGUACCUACAUUAUAA